AUGAAUGUAUUGGUCGGAGUGGGUUGGCUUUCUAUAGACACUGGAGGUCAUGUAGAUUUCUGUGAGUAUUGGGGACAGAGGGGAGCCCAUGGGCAGGCCGUGGAUUUGUUCAUAGUAGUCGUCUCCCCAGGUGAAGUGCAUGGAGACGUGGCAAUCAACACCAUCAACAGCCUCAACCGACUAGAGAAGAAGCACAUACUAGCCAGCAACCAUCUCACAUUCCUCAUGAGAUGUAGAGAUCAAGACAUCAUACCCAAAGGCCUCAAACUUGCAUCACCUAUCAACUCACCUGCGGCCAGAGCCAUCCUCCAUAAUGCCUCCAAAAGACUUGUACGGGAAAGAAUUCAGCAUCACCGCAACGCCAAAGCCAGCACCCUCAACCAUAUCUCCGACCACAUCAACCAGUUGACCGACACACUCCAACCAGAGAUCCUCAAUUCACUCCGUUCAGCCCAGACUCAGUCCAACAAAAAGUUGUGCUUGAAGACCAAGACCAAGCACGUAAAGAAACUCCAAGAACUAAUGAAUAGCCAGCCCAAGCCCACUCCCAAGAAAGCCACCAACAUAUCCAACUAUCUCAGAAAGACUGUUGUCAACCUCAGUGAUAAAAACAUCACUGAACAGCAGGUCAACGUACUCUCCAAGGGACUAAAGUUCAUUCCAACCACACCACUCCGCAACCACGACGACUUCAUCACCAACAUUGAAAAGGGACUCCAACAACUAGCGCCAGGAGGUAAGAUUGACUACUUACGCCACCAGAUAACCGACAUCCUUGCCAAAGCCAGCCCCCAACCACCCAACCUCACAGCUGCCGAAAAACAAGCCAUCCAUCACCUACGAAACGACAAGGAAAUCACCAUUGCCCCAGCCGACAAGGGCAAGGCCACAGUCAUCCUGAACACACCGGACUUUCACAGCAUGGUCAACAAGAUCCUCCAUGACCCAACCACCUACCGCAAGAUCAAGAAAGACCCCACCGCCAAACUCAGCCGCCAACAUAAAGCCAGCCUCAAACAACUGAAAGAGAAGUACGAAAUCAGCCAGCAACUAUAUUACAAACUAGCCACAUCUAACCCACAGCCACCGUAUGCCAGAGCCACGAUAAAAAUCCACAAGACCCCACCCAAGGCCAGACUGCUUGUGUGCUCCAGAGACACUGUGUUCUACAGUACCGCCCAACACCUAACGGAAAUCCUUGCCCCACUCGGUAAAACAGCGGACUCCUACAUCUCUGACUCAACGGAUUUCUGUAACAAACUCCUCAAAAUAACUGAAGCAGACCAGAUCCUGAGUUACGAUGUUGUGGACCUCUUCACAAGUGUCCCCAUAGAAGAAACUCUCCAAAUCCUCCGCCAACGCAUCUCUGAAUUAGAAACUCCCCUUGACACCAACCUCACCACUGACUCCAUCAUUGCCCUCACCUCUGCCUGCAUCACCUCCACUUACUUCACCUGGGGAGACGACUACUAUGAACAAAUCCACGGCCUGCCCAUGGGCUCCCCUCUGUCCCCAAUACUCACAGAAAUCUACAUGACCUCCUUCGAACAGCAAGCACUCAGCACCUCAACCAUCAAACCAACCUGCUGGUACAGGAAGGUCGAUGACACGUUUGUCAUCCUUCGGCAAGACCAAGACCCAGCAGCCCUCCUGCAACACCUCAACCAACAGCACCCCCGGGUCCAAUUCACCUUAGAAACAGAAUCCAGUGGUCAACUUCCCUUUCUAGAUGUCCUUGUAACCAGAACUCCAGCCAACAAGAUCCGGACGACAAACAACAUGCUGAUACACAAAAGGAAUUGA